GGUUGGCAUAACACUGUGCGCUCAAAUAUUGUACCCUUCCAGGACCGUUUGCAAUCCAUUCAAGCCAACAAGUUUGGAGAGAAUGUUGAGUUUAAUCAAUUCAGAACGUCGAGAUGGAGCCCAACUCACUCAUGUGGGUCGGCUCACCUUGUGGCUUGCAUGGACCUUACAUUUUCUACAAGGCAUUUCGAUUUCACCUUGAAGGCAAACCAAGAAUAUUAUCUCUCGGCGACUUUUUCUUCGUAAGAUGUAAGCCAGGGGAUCCGAUUUGCAUAGCGGAGCUCCAGUUGUUAUGGGAAGAAAGAACAAGCAAGCAACUUUUAUCCAGCUCCAAACUUUAUUUUCUACCAGAAGAUACUCCCCAGGGAAGGACUGUCAGCCACGGAGAGGAUGAGCUGAUUGCGGUGUCGGAGAAGGUGAUUGUUCGUCUGGAGGACCUGGUGAAAUGGACGGUGUGGGAGCCGUCAUGCUGGAAGCGAGGGCUGCGGGCGCUGCCCCUCAAGCCGGCCGUGCUGCGGGAGCUGGGCAAGAACGGCCAGCAGCCGCAGCCGCAGCAGAGGGAGGCCCUACACCGCUACAGAGACUCCACCACCAACAGCGGCCUCAGCUUCAAAGACGUGCUCAAGGAGAAGGCCGAACUCGGUGAGGAUGCGGAGGAGAAGCGCGUGCUGGUGCUGAGCUACCCGCAGUACUGCCGCUACCGCACAGUGGUGGCGCGGCUGCGCGAGCGGCCCAGUGCCCUGCUGGCAGACCAGGUGGUUCUGGCGCUGGGUGGCAUCGCCUCGCUCACGGACCACACGCAGAUCCUGUACUGUCGCGACACCUUUGAGCACCCCGCGCUCCUGGAGAACGAGAGUGUCUGCGACGAAUUUGCUCCCAAUCUGAAGGGCCGGCCCCGGAAGAAGAAGCUGUCAAUCUCGCAGCGACGCGACUCGCAGGGUCAGAGCAAUUCAGCGGCCAAAGAGCAGCCCGCUGGCACUGAGAGCAAGGCCCCUGCCAAGGUAAAGGCAGAAACCAAGACCGUGUCAGCCUCCAGCAAGCCCAGCAAGAACAACAACAGCAGCAACAGCCACAGCAGCAGCAAUGGCACCAGCAGUAGUAGCAACAGCAACAGCAAUGGCAGCAGCAGCAGUAAGAAGUCCGCGCCAUCGUCAUUAGCAACGGAGGAGAAGCUGAAGGCUAACGGUGUCAGUCCUGGAGGAGGAGAGGAGGGCGGAGAGGGAACGGACGAGGAACAGGCCUUCCUCGUGGCGCUCUACAAGUACAUGAAGGAGAGGAAGACGCCCAUCGAGAGGAUACCCUACCUGGGCUUCAAACAGAUCAACCUGUGGACUAUGUUUCAAGCUGUUCAGAAGCUGGGAGGAUAUGAAGUGAUCACCGCUCGCCGACAGUGGAAAAAUGUAUAUGAUGAGCUGGGCGGUAACCCGGGCAGCACCAGCGCCGCCACCUGCACCCGGAGACACUACGAAAGGCUCAUCCUUCCAUACGAGAGGUUCACCAAGGGUGAGGAGGACAAGCCUCUGCCCCCAGUCAAGCCUCGCAAGUCGGAUGGCACCGGCCAAGAGGGUGGCACGGGCACCAAGACAAAAGCCGGAAGCGGCACUAAGAAGUCCAAGGAGGAGCAGAACCACAGGCCCAAGGCCGACAAGGACACCGGCGCUGCCACCGCGGCCACUACUAAAGACUCUGAAAGCACUGAGGACCAUGAGAAUGAGGAGCUGGAGGAGAACCAGGAGGAGGAGACCAAGGCACAGCAGCAGCAGCAGACCAAGCAGGAGGUUCCAGAAGGAGGAGAGCCCGAGAUAAGGACCUCCACAGAGAGGGUCAAGAAGGAGGAGGAGGAGGACAAUGAGGAGGUGGUGGAGGUCAAAGCUGAGGUCAUCAAGGAGGAGCCAGAUGCCACUGCCAUCAUCUGUCGCACCCUGGACAGACCUGCACCUCCCCCACCCCGCAGUGCACUCUGGGAUGGCGGCAGACCCGUGAGUCCCGCGGGCGACUCAGCAGUGGCCGCUCCACAGGUGGACGUUGGCAUUCCUCGAUUCAAAGACGAGGAGGUGUUUGCCGUGGCCGUCCCUGCCAAGCCUCUCCACCUCCACCCCCACCACCACCCGGCCAUAGCCAGCCAGUGGCCGCCGACUCUUGGUGAGUUCGUGGCCAUACCUCCCCCUCCUCUGAGCAAGAUGGGCCAGCCGUCAGAGCUGGCUGCCAUGGGGCCGCAGGAGAGCCUCCAGAGCAGCCACGUGGGGAUGGUCCUGCCCACCCUGCAGCCCCGACCUCAGCCGCUCCAACCACACCUGCCCCCCGACAUGCCUACGGAGCGGGCAGAACUUCCAGGCAAGGAAGAGUCCUCCUCCUAUGGCUAUGGUUCCCCACUCCUGUACCCCAAGGUCAACCCUGGCAUCAUGUCCCCCCUGGCCAAGAAGAAGAUGCUGUCUCAGGUCAGCGGCGGGACACCUCUGCCCAACAGUUACUCCUACGGCCCUCCACCACCGCUUAUCCCCAGCAAGGCCUCUGGGGUUGGGAUGGAGGAGGCGUCCGCAGCCCAGGGGUCCAUGGCGGCCGCUUCCGGAGCAGGGGACGGCGGAUUCAUCAACAGGCCCUCCGUGAUCCAGCACGCUCAGAGCUUCAGGCCUCUCGGGGGCGGCCCGGAGGAGCAGUCACCGCCACGACCCACCAACAAAGAGGCAGCUCUGAGCAGGGAAGGGAGCGGGGUGUCGCCGCUUUCCGUGGAGACGUACGCGCCACACGUUGUCCCCCAUCACCAUCACCAUCCCCACCACCCACAGCCUUCCCACCCCCACCCGCACCCCCACGCGACACACCCGCACCCGCACCCCCACCAACCCCACCUCCACCACCAACAGGCCGGGCCGACAGUCGAGCCGUACCUGCUGAGGGUGGAUCCGCACGGUGGAUUGGAGAAGCAACCGGACACACCGCGGCCGGGUCACACUCCCAGCUUCCUCGGCGACUUCUACUCCUCCCCGCACCUCCACAGCCUGUACCGACAGGCGGAGCAGCACCUGGGCACCAAGGAGCCCCUGGCCAAGUACCUCCAGCGGGGAGAGGCGUUUCCAAGGGACUGUGAAAGCACAGCGAUGCCAGGGUUCCCUCCCGGCGCCCAGCAACAUCCAACCCCUGAGAGCAUUGGCCUAGGGUACCAUCAUGGGGCUAGCCUCACCUCGAAAGACAAGCUUCACACGGGGGGAGAGAGAACCACUGAGGACCAACCCACAGACUUGAGCCUCCCAAAGUCUUCGCCUCCCAAAAUGGCACCCCCUCCUUCCUCCCCUUCCUUAUGCAGCUUGCCCCACCACACGUCUCUUAUCCCGCCUCCUCCUCCUCCCCCUUCUCAGGACCUGAAGUCAGGUAACAGUUCACUCCCCUAUCAAGCGGCUGGAAGCCAAGGCACCAGCCUGGACUACCACCCCAGGGCUUGCCGGGUACCUCCAAUGACCGUGUCGGCCCCUCCGAGGAACCCAGCGGAGUCCCCUAUUCCGCACUCCCAACAAGCACUCCCACGUGGGGGCCAUGACAAGCCCUCACACAACGGCGGCCGGGCGGAGGAAUCCCCAUCGGUCAUCGGCUUCAAGGUGGAGGAGCUGGCGAGGCCCAUCCUGGGCACCAAGAGCUGUCCGCAGAGCGUGGGCGCCGCGCGGCCUCUCAAGAGGUCACUUGGGGAGAUGGACGCCAGCUCGGGACUGCCGGAGAAGAAGGUGCGCGCCGUCACACCCAUGCACUGUUCCCUGCCCUCCCGCGACGCCCCAGCCCCCGCUUGCAAACCACGGACACCGGAGCCCGAGACAGAACCUGUAAAGAGGGCAGAGCUGACACCUCCGCCGCCACCACCACCACCUCCCCCUCCUCCACCUCAACACCCGCCUCACACCACCCACCUCAAUGGCUACACUCCAGAAGGGCCCCACAAGUACCCUCUCCACGCCCCCAUCUUCCCUGGCCUGUACCCGGGAGCCUUCAUGUCGCAGAUGCAGGACAUGUGCGACGGUAUGGCUGGCCCGGUAGUGCCCGCCGGGUAUGGCGCCCACCCGCUGCAGUACUUGAAGAACCAAGUACUGGUGCCCCCCUCUUUCGCCAUCCAUUCCUUCAUGAUGCAGAGACAGCUGCUGGCCGCCAGCCCCGCGGCACACCUCUACCAACACCCCAUGGGGCCCCACGCGCCCUACGCAGAACUGCUGCACCACCCCGGACUCUACUCCAUGUCGGCGCUCAACCCCCAGCCCGCCUUCAGCCCCCCGCAGCUCUCCUCCAUGCACCCCAGCACUAAACUGUCCUAGGUGACACCACACCCUUACACCCCCCCCCCCCCCCCCUCCCCCCCAAAUGGACCUCUAAUGACAUUCCCUAUCACAACCCCCCCACCACGGACGCUUCCUGUAUAUGGUGCUUCGUCUCCCGGACAAACACACCCCCAGCACUGUCCCCAGUGGGAGACAGUGGACAUUUAUACUGUAGAUGCUUUGACCUGGGAAGUGACCUGAUUUUUCUUGUUUGUUGUCUUUUUUUUUAAGCCACUUACUGUUUUAUUUUCACGGUUUGCACAUUUACCCUCUUUGGCUGUUUGGCAAAAGGGGGGUACGACCAGGCGGCAGGCUUUUGGUUCUUGUGUUACUGUUUUCUUUGUUGGGGCCCAGCAGACGGCACGACAACAAUCUGCCGUUUUGGUUCUUGUGUUGCUGGUUUCCAUGUGUAGUGGGUCCAGCAGCUUGGGCAGAGAGCAACUGCAGAUACCUGUACUGUUUGCUUUGGGCACACUGGAGAACUGGCAGCUGGCCCGGACAAGGGUCGCAAUCUCUUGUCACACUGGUGUCCAAAGGAAAGAAAAUAAACAAAACAAACAGUUGACCAUAAAAUCAAAACAUAAGCAGGUAAAGUGACAAAUCAAUGCAAUGUAACUAAUAGUGCAAUUUUAAAAUCAAUCUUUUUUGGGCACUCUUGUCUUUUUUCUUUUCAAACACUAUGAGGCACACACUCCUCAGAUCUUGUAAUCACCUUUUACUGUCAAAGAAAAACAGAAAAAACAAGUUAUUUCUUUUCAUAUAAUCCUUGUGCAUUUUUUGUAUGUAACAGUGUGGUAGUUAGUGUGUUCAUAUUUCACGCUGGCAGACAGACGUUUGUUAGCGGGAAAAGAAAAUAUCAGAUGCCGUUAUCAAAGAAACCCACGAGAGGCUUGCCUUUUGCGUGACACAGUUACAUGUACAUAAAAAAAUAUUAUUCAGGUCCUCCUGUUUUUAAAGAGAAUAUUCAUCUGGAGACAAGGAGGGUGGAAAAACACAAUGUGAAGUAGGUUUCACGAGAUCUCCAUUUUUUCUUUUCCCUUUUUUCUGGCGUCAACCCCAGGAUGCUCUCUUGUUCCUGGCGCCGCCACAGGCUUGUGUUUACCAGAGCAACGUGGAAUGUGUUUUGUCAAAAUGUAGGACAGACGUUCUUGUAAAUACUUAUAUGACAAAAAAAUGAAAUGGACAAAAAAAUAUUACAACACUUUGUCACAUACAUACUAUAUCACUGGCUACUGUAUUUUUCUCACUGCUCUGAACUGCAAAACGUUGGUGGAAGGAGUAGCUGACUUGCGACGGGAGAUGUUAAUGUCCAGGACUACUUUUUUGGAGUCAGAAUCUCACUGUUUCUUUUUCAUCUGCAGGUGUAUAUUUGUGAACCAUUUGUAUGAGAUAAAAGACUAGAAAAAGUCUCAACGGACACACAACCCUUCAAGAGCUUACAACUAAGCCAGACAGAGAAUACAAAGAGGAAAAGUUUAAGCGGAAAAAUAACUUACUUCUCUAAAGCACUUAGUAAAGCACACAAGGAAGGCCAUGAUAGAAAAUCUUUCUCAGAGCCACAGCUGUUAGUCUGAGAUAAAGUGUGUAAUACGAAUAUUAAAAAAGCAGAAAAUGUACUCUUCACUUCUGCCAUGUCAGCAUCAAGCAAUCAUUUCACAAGGAGCCUGUGUUAAAUCAUGUGUAACACAAGCUGGGGAAAAAAUGGUUGUCAAGUAGAAACUUAAAACGGUUGUGAUUUCUUUGCACAGUGGAUUUGGGGGAAAGUACCAGGACAAAUUGAAAGCAACACAAUCUUCCUGAGGGUAAUCAAUUUUCUGAUGUAUUAGCGGUAGACUAAAACCUCAAGCUCAAAAAAUGUAUCAGCUCCGACAAUGUUUGGAGCAACACUCAAGGUUGCUAUGUAACAUUUUUUUAAAUGAGUAAUAAACAGUUUUAUAACAUACAAUGUCUGUCAUUCUCUCCCACGUGCACUGCAUCACACAGUCGUAGAUCAAGAGAAUGAAUUCUCCUGUGGAUCCAAAAUCAUUCUGCAUAGCGACUUGAAGUUCCAUCUUGUAGCCAGCAUAUUAUAUAGGCCCAGGCUAUGCAUUCCAUUGCGGUGGUGAGUUAAACAGCAGUUGUUUUCCCAUGCCUAGUACACAAGAAAACUCGCAUUCAAAGCAGACAGCUGAAUAUUAUAAAUUCUCCGCAAAAUAUAUGGUGGGCCCAGAUCAUUUAACAUGAAGAGAUGUGUUGCAUGGCUUAAAAAUACUGUAUUGCUGCAUAAAGGCCCACUGUACAAAAGACUGCGCUCGUGGGCACAUCUGGUGUAGUUUACCAUGUUCAUUAUAAUUGUAAUGAGCUCAGGGAAUUUCUCGGGGCCCAUAAUUAGAAUGUUUGUCAGUAGCGCUUGAAGAGGAUGUCUUUGCUCUCGACUGUCGUAAGCAGCUGUGUUUUGUGAGCUUGGAGUGCAAAUUCACCCAGAGCAGCAAGAUAUCAGGGGGAAAGAAACUCGUUUACCGCUCCCGAAUGAACAACGGCGCGCGUGAUUCAUAAGGUGUUGACGUAUAUUGAUCCACUUGUCCAGCUUGUCAAUGCAGCUCGUGGGAAAUAAACUUCCCGGAGCAAAGAUGUGUUCGGUGGUGGUAGCCUGCCGAGCCAAUUGAUUCUUGGUGGAUUAUAUCAUACCCCGUCACUUGUUUGAUUUCCAUUGUUAUACAAAUUAAUACUUUCAAGUAGAUUCAA